CCCGGGCUCGGGAGGGGGGAGCAGGCGGCUCCCAGCGCAGGGCGCAGCUCUCGGGUCGGGGUGUGCGGGGCUCGCGGCGCCCCCGUCCCUCCAGCUUCCUUCACUUCCCCUUCCCCCGCGCACGCACACGCCCCCCGCCCCGCCUUGCCUCCGAGCAGCCCGGCUCCGGCGGUCACCUGUGACCCGGCCCCCGAGCCCCUCCGCUCCACUUGGCUCGCGCGGGGCCCCGAGAGUAUCCAGCCCGGCUGGCUCUGGACGAUUAGUGUUAUUUAUAGCGAGAGGUGGCGAGGGGGAGGGGGACGGUGGGGGAGGAGUCGCGGAGGGAGGCAGGCCAGCGAGCUCCCCGCCCGCCCGCCCGCCUGCCCCAGCUCUCCCCGGGCCGGGCUGGGCCGGGCUGGGCUGGGCCGCGGGCUCUCCGACUCCGGCCGUCCUUCGGUCUCAUCGCGCCGACGAAAGGCAUCGAGGACCCCGAGCGCCCGGCAGGAGGCCAGAAGGCGGGCAGCACGUGGGCCCCCGGGCCGGGGAGACGGAGGGGCUCCGCGCCCGAGAGGUGGGGGACAAGGAUGCCCAGAUCUGACGCGGAAGAGCCCCAGCCGGGAGGGCCCCAGAGGGCGCCGUAGCAGCCGGUGCAGCGACAGGCGGGCGGACCGGGCCGGGCAGCUCCUCACCUUGGGCCGGGGACCAUGAAGCAGAAGAGGAAGGGGGUCCUGGGAGGUCAGGCUGCGCCGCGGAGAAAGCCGGCUUCGCCCUAGAGGGGCCGCGCCACCGUUUCUCCCGGGGGUCGGGGAGCGCCAUGAGAGGCCGGGAACCAGCGGUCCGUCUGCGGCUGCCCGUCCGCGGGUCUUCCCCCCCCUGCCGGGACUGAGCCGGCUGGCACCGACCUUGGGUCCCCUCCCCCGGGGCGCGCCCGGCACGCGGCCUCACAGCUUCCGCCGCCAGCCGCGCCCGCCUCAGCUUCCCGCCCUCGGCCGGCCGCCCGCUGCUGUACCAUGGGAUGUCGGCAAAGCUCGGAGGACAAAGAGGCAGCUCGGCGGUCCAGGAGGAUUGACCGCCACCUGCGCUCGGAGAGCCAGCGCCAGCGCCGCGAGAUCAAGCUGCUGCUCCUGGGCACCAGCAACUCGGGCAAGAGCACCAUCGUCAAGCAGAUGAAGAUCAUCCACAGCGGGGGCUUCAACCUGGAGGCCUGCAAGGAGUACAAGCCCCUGAUCGUCUACAACGCCAUCGACUCGCUCACGCGCAUCAUCCGCGCGCUGGCCGCCCUCAAGAUCGAGUUCCACAACCCCGACCGCGCCUAUGACGCCGUGCAGCUCUUCGCGCUGACGGGCCCGGCCGAGAGCAGGGGCGAGAUCACCCCCGAGCUGCUGGGGGUCAUGAAGCGGCUCUGGGCGGACCCCGGGGUGCAGCAGUGCUUCUGCCGCUCCAGCGAGUACCACCUGGAGGACAACGCGGCCUACUACCUGAACGACCUGGAGCGCAUCGCCGCGCUGGACUACAUCCCCACCGUGGAGGACAUCCUGCGCUCGCGGGACAUGACCACCGGCAUCGUGGAGAACAAGUUCACCUUCAAGGAGCUGACCUUCAAAAUGGUGGACGUGGGGGGGCAGAGGUCGGAGCGCAAAAAAUGGAUUCACUGUUUCGAGGGCGUGACAGCAAUAAUCUUCUGCGUGGAGCUGAGCGGCUACGACCUGAAGCUCUACGAGGAUAACCAGACGAGUCGGAUGGCCGAGAGCCUGCGCCUCUUUGACUCCAUUUGCAACAACAACUGGUUCAUCAGCACCUCCCUCAUCCUCUUCCUGAACAAGAAGGACCUGCUGGCCGAGAAGAUCCGGCGCAUCCCGCUCACCGUCUGCUUCCCCGAGUACAAGGGCCAGAACACCUACGAGGAGGCGGCCGUCUACAUCCAGCGCCAGUUCGAGGACUUGAACCGCAACAAGGAGACCAAGGAGAUCUACUCGCACUUCACCUGCGCCACCGACACCAGUAACAUCCAGUUUGUCUUUGACGCGGUCACGGAUGUCAUCAUUCAGAACAAUCUCAAGUACAUCGGCCUCUGCUAGGAACGCCCGGGGAUGGAUGGGUCCGUUUGCCUGUGGUGAAACCGGUGGAGCCCAGCCCGCCCCCCGCGGGGGCGCCGCUCCACCAGGGGCAGCCCUGGAAGGCCAAAGGAGAAAGGUGGGGGGCCAGGGGGAAGCUGAGCCACGCUCACGCUCCCGCCAUUUCCCUCUCCCCCACGUUUUUUGCAAAAGUACCUAUAUAUACUCAGAUAUAGAGAGAGCUAGGUAGGUAGGUAGGUAGCUAGCUAGACAUAUCCAUAUAUUAACACAUUUGCAAAGUUCCCCAAAGAGGGCCUGCGGAGGGAGACGACGCGUGUUCACCACAGUCGCCGGGAGCUCGAGCCAUCCCCUUCACUGGGCUUUCUUGAGAGCCGCUCCGCGGUGUGGAGCAGGCCGGCGCUCACCCGGCCUCGGGGAAGAGGCGGCGCGGGGAGAACGGGCCCGCUCUGCCUCUGGUGUCCAGGAGAAAGGCCAUGAGCUACCGCAGGCAGCCAGCGGAGGCGGCCACGUGAGCGGGGCCCACCCCGAGACCUUCCGGAGCCAAGGGCGCAGCCUUGCUUCGGGUCCCCACUUUGACCGGCGGCCCCUUGGAGCCGUUUACAAAAGCUUCAAUGGAUGGGCGCCCCGAACGAGCGGAGCCGCUCGGCUCCAGAAGGGCCAGGCCGGGGAGGCCGUUCUCCGGUGGUCAUGAGUUUUCUACAUCCGGAUACGGGCUUUCUUCUUUGACUUUCUUGAGGAGGGUGGGGAGGGCAAAUCUUGUGGUGUUUUACAGAUGAGGGGAAAAAUUACAGAAAAUUGAAAAAAAGCAAAUGAGUGUUCAUUUUAAACUAUGGACUGUACAAAGAAACAGCACGAUAGUUUUUUGGCUUUUGUGUGUGUGUACGUGUGUGCGUGUGUGUGUUUUUCUAAGAGGAUUGUUUGUGUGUUUGGUUUGCCGAGUAUAAAAACUGCCGCUGGAAAGCUUUGGGUUCUCCCAGGAAGUUCUGGGAAACGGGGUCAGACUGUACCAGCCUCCUUGGGCCCCUGACAUCACGGGUGUAGAAUAUAAGUCCUACGAAAGGCCAUUUGCUCCUGCUGAGGUUUUCGGUUCUGUUUUACUUUUUAAAACCUAGUGUAUUGGACGAAGGUUGACGCGGGAGCGCUGUGAACAAUAAUUUUGUGUUUUGGUGUUUAAAAGCGUAAAUCCUUGGCUCUUCAGUUCGAUUAGGGAUGGAGGGGGAAAGAAAGGACUGCGUUCCCGGACUCCCCGUUAUCAUCUCGUCGUUGCAGGCUGACACUCAGCAGCCCCAGUUCCUGUGAAGGCCCAGAGAGUUUGGGUGCCUGACGGAAGAUUAAAGGAGCGUGCCAUGGGGACUCUACCAAGAACCACGGCCUCCCAUCGUGCAGUCCUUCCUUCGGCCACCAGAGCCUGUUUUCAGACUUGUCCGGGAAGAAAUAGGUGGCACGAGUACGUGGCCAGCACAGCGAAAACCUUCAUUCCCCCUUUGUUCCCUCCCAUGUGGUCCAGGGCACGUCUGGGGCUUCUCAGCCAAAGGCUUUCAGGAAGUUGGGAGGGAGGGAAGAGAGAAAAUUCGAGUCAGAGGUUGUCCACCUUAAGAAAAUAAAAUCAUCCAAAUGA